AUGUCCUUAUUGAUACAGAACAAAUUGAUCCCUAAAUGUUAUAACUUAAAAUUGAAAAUAGAUCCAGAAAAAGAUAAUUUUGAAGGUGAUUUGAUAAUAGAUUUAAAGUGGAAUAAAUCUAGUCAUAGUGAUAAAGCUUUCUCUCAAAUAAUCUUAAAUGGACAUCAAUUAAUCGUUACUAAGGCUAUAAUCAGUGAUAUUGAUUUAAAAGUAUCUUAUGAUAAAGAUUUGCAACGUAUUAUUUUACAAAAUGAUCGACUAUCUGAGUUAUUGCAAUCUUCUCAAGACAUUUCUCUUCAUUUACAUUAUCUAGGUAGAAUUCAUACAAUUUCUUCUUCUUCUGAUAAGACUCGUGGUUUAUUUAAAAUCAUUCAAAAUGGUGAUUUUAUUUUCUCUACUCAUUUACAACCUACUUUCGCUCGUCGCAUUUUGCCUUGUAUUGAUGAACCCUCUUUAAAGACUUAUUUCCAAUUAUCUAUAAAAACUUUAAAUAAAUUCCGUGCAGUGUCUGUUUCCUCCAUUGAAUCUACUGAGCAUCUAUCUAAUAAUAAUAGUAAUAGUAAUCAUAAAUGGCAAAUUGUCAAAUUUGAAAAGACUAUCUUGCUGCCUGUUUCAUUAUUUGGUUUCACAAUCGGUGAUAUUAAAAAUAUUCAACUUAAGACGUUAAAUAAAAUUCCUAUCUCUAUUUGGACACUAAAUCAUGAACCAAUUGAAUUAGCUUCCCAUUCACUAAAUGUUUGUCAUAAAUAUUUACCUUUAGUAGAAUCGAUCUUCAAAUUUCCAUAUCCUGGUAAAAAAAUGGAUUUAGUUGCAUUACCAUUUUUGAACGAUAUGGUUAUGGAAAACUUUUCAAUGAUUACUGUCCAUAAACAAUUAAUCUUUUUAAGUCCUCGUCAUUUACCUAUUCCUGAGAUUAGAUUUCAAAACAUGCAAAUGUUGGUACAUGAAUUGGUUCAUCAUUGGAUUGGUAAUUUUAUCACAUUUGAUGAUUGGAAACACCUAUGGUUUAAUGAAUCCUUUGCUACAUGGAUGGCAAACUGGUUAAUCUCGGCAAAUGAAUCAGAAUAUAAUGAUCUUUGGUCAAACUAUGAUCUCUAUUGGAAUUCAACUUUAAAACCUGUCUUAGAUAAUGAUACUCUUUAUAACAACACCCAACCAUUGUCUAUCGCACAAUUGCAAGAUUUGAAAAGUGAAAAAUCUGAUUUCAACUCCACCACAAAUGAACUGUUUGAUCCAUACUGUUAUCAUAAGGGGAUUGUCAUUCUAAGAAAUAUGGAAUUGACAAUAGGUAUGGAAAAUUUGUCUAAUGCCUUUGGUCAAAUUCUGUGUAACGAUCAAAACUUGGUUCAUGAACAAUCAAUUAAACCAAUGGAUCUAUGGAAAUUGAUUAGCGAUAGAUUGAAAUCAGAAAAUAUCAUCAAUUUUUUUAUCUCAUGGACAAGAUUACCUGGUUGUCCAAUUGUUUCAGUGACAAAAACUUCAUCAGAUGAUAUGAAAAAUAUUAAAUUGAUUCAACAUAAAUAUUUAUCACCAGAGAUCAUUGAAAAUCAAAAUAUGAUCGAGGAUGUACCAUACCAUGUUCCUUUAUUAAUGCAAUUACCUGAUGGUACUACAGAUACCAAAAACGUUAUCAUGACAGAUAGGUCAAUUACAUUAGACUACCCAAUUACCUUAAUAAAUAAGGAUAAUCAAGCCAAUGUGAUUGUGUCAUAUGAGAUAGAGGAAUCUUAUGAUGAUUUUUUGAAAAUGAUUACAUUGGGUAAGAUUAGUGAUAAUGAUUUGUUUAAAUUAUUUUAUGAUUUGUCUCAAGUUAUCGGUAACAUUAACCAUCAGAAGCCCAUUCAUAUAGAUGGGUUUUUAAGGAUUUUGAAUCAUAUUGGGUCCUUAAAGAAAGAAAUUGAUCUACACACGUUAGGAUACUGGAAAUCUUUAAAUAGAGCUACAAAAUUAUUAGAAUUCUUGACAAGAUUUUAUAAUCUAGAGACAAAUGAAUCUAGAUUAAAGCAAAUUGAAAAAAUUGUCAGUAAACUAUUCAAUAAACUAUCGUGGGAAACUGUCGAUUGGAUUGAAAAUUAUGCGAAUGAGGAAGAGUUAGCGAUUAGAUCAUCGUUAAUAUUUUUGUCAAGACAGAAUGAGACGACUUUCAGCAUAUGUGAGGAGAUAUUCCAGUAUUUGAAGACUGGACAAAAUGUAAAAUUUACCAACAAAAGAAUACCAAUUCAAAUUAUAGGCAGUGUUUUAAAAUGCAUGGUCAGUCAUUGUAAGGAUUCUAAGGAUUGGAAAAGUGUAUUGGAUAUGCAUAAGCCAAGUGUUAUUGACAAGAUUGUUCAAAAUGGAAGGAUUGAAGGGCUACCUAAUAUAGAUACAUCUUCAUUAUUAAUUAAUCUAACAAUGGAAUCUCUAGGUUUCAUACCUGGAUACAAAGAGACACAAACGUUGUUAUUUGAUAGGAUGAUAAACUUUAUUUCCUCCAAUAUAACUACUUCAUAUAUUGAAGGCACAUUUCUCGGAUUAAUUUAUCAAUGUAAUCAAAAGAUUAGCAAUAAUAAUUCAUUAAAUGAAACAUUUGGUGAUAUGCUAUGGAAUAUAUUUGAUAAACAAUACAAAUCAUGGAAGAAGAAAUUGGAUAAAGAGAUAUUUUAUUUAAUCGAAUUUGCAAUAAUUCAAAUGUUAUUGUUAAAAGGUAAAGUGAACAAUCAAUGGGUUUUAGAUAAUCCUCAGUACACUGCGAUAGUCCAAGAGAUACAACAAGACAUCACAACUAAAAAAAUGAAAGCAUUGCAACAACAAAAGUAA